AUGCCAAGAGUCUUCCAUGAACAGGGCAUCCUCUUUGGCUACCGGCACCCACAGAGUUCAGCUAUUGACUGCCUCCUCAGCCUUUUCCAGAUGACCAAUGAGACCCUCAACAUCUGGACUCACUUGCUGCCCUUCUGGUUCUUCAUGUGGAGAUUUGUGACUAUGCUGUAUGUGACAGAUGUUCAGAAUGACAGCUACUCCUGGCCUCUGCUUGUAUACAUGGGCACUAGCUGUGUGUACCCCUUUGUAUCCAGCUGUGCACACACCUUCAGCUCUAUGUCCAAGAAUGCCCGACACAUCUGCUACUUCCUGGACUAUGGUGCCGUCAACCUCUUCAGCCUGGGCUCAGCCAUCGCCUACUCUGCAUAUACCUUCCCUGACAUGCUGGUGUCCACCACCUUCCAUGACUACUACGUGACCCUGGCUGUGCUGAACACCAUCAUCAGCACUGGCCUCUCCUGCUACUCCAGGUUUAUUGAAAUCCAGAAGCCCAGGCUCUGUAAGGUGCUUCGUGUCCUCGCCUUUGCUUACCCCUACACCUGGGACUCCUUCCCCGUCUUUUACAGGCUAUUCCUGUUCCCAGGAGAGAGUCCACAGAAUGAAGCCAGUGUGUACCAUCAGAAGCACAUAGCCAUGACCCUCCUGGCCUCAUUCUUCUACUCUGCACACCUACCGGAGCGCCUGGCUCCUGGACUGUUUGACUACAUUGGUCACAGUCACCAGCUGUUUCAUGUGUGUGUGAUCCUGGCCACGCACAUGCAGAUGGAAGCCAUAAUCCUGGACAAGACCCUGAGGAAGGAAUGGCUCCUGGCCUUCUCCAGGCCCCUUUCUCUCCUCCAGAUCACUGGAGCCAUACUUCUUUGUAUCAUCUUUAGCCUCAGCAACAUACUUUAUUUCUCAGCUGCUCUGUAUCGGAUUCCUGAGCCAGAAUUACAUAAAAAAGAAACAUGA